AUGAAGCUGCUUUCUACUCUCACUCUGCUGGUUUCCGCAGUCGCGGCCAACCCCAUGUUCCAUACAACUCGCCAGGCCACCACCACCAAGCCCUUCCAUCUUAAGACCGCUGACGCGUCUAACGAGAAACACAAUGAUUUAUACGUCUACGCAUACCACACCGGUGCAGGAUUCAAUGACGCUGUCCUCACGCCCGAUGUGGACACUGCCAGUACGGCUUUCCUGAAUGGCACCUAUACGCAGUUCGACCUGAAGACUCCGUUCCCUUGGGGCUUCAAUCCGAUCGGUGACACCAACUAUGCUCAAUGGGAACCCGUCGAGAUCAACGUCGGCUACGGCUCGGAGGGAUUCUUCAUCAAUAGCACCGGCCUGCAGUGGUCGGAGCAACAGGGCUUUGGCGGUUGGCUGGUGUGCGACUGGUACCACGGCGCACCCCAGCUCUUCUAUAUCUACCGCUACUACGAACCCAAAUUUCCCUCCUCUUGCAGCACCGUCAACCUCCAGGUCGAAUAUACUUUGUAA